CGUUCUUUGAGGACUCUUCGUUCCUGUGGACUUCUAUCCUGUGCUCGGCUUUCAGCGUGUGGACUCUGGUUCAGGGUGAAGGUACUUUCUCUGCUGAUAGACGUCCACGCCUCGAAGGAAGCCGAUCCACGGAGUAGGCCCUGGAAACAGUUUCCUUCAGCCUGAAUGUGAAAAUGAAGAAGAUCUGGAUCCCCACAGAUUGUUAAGAAGAUGACAUCAUGGAUUUCAUGCCUUUCCUUGUGGUCCCACUGUGGACUUCAAUUCUUCACUUGGAUUUUGUUAAAGGAUCAUUUGUAGUGGAUGUGACACAGAGCUCCUAUCAGGCAGAGGAGAACCACAACAUCACACUGGAGUGGACGUUCACCACCAAACCAGACACGUCCAUCUCAGCACUGAAGGUCUUCUGUAUCCUGAAUAAUGGCCAUAAAUACUGGACUUUUUAUCAUCUUUUUGAUGGUGUCGAGUUCUCAGAGGAUCAGGACAAAAAGUUUUCAGGACGAGUCCAGAGUGACAAAGACGCCCUCAGAGAAGGACGAAUCAGACUCCAGCUGUCCAGACUCAGGACUGAGGACUCGGGUCUGUACCUGUGUGAGGUGGACACAGGUUAUGGUCGCGGCUACAACAGCUGCAGACUCACCGUCUCUGGUGAGGUUCUGGUGAUUGGGUCAAAUCUUCCAAUCAUCGCUGCUCCGGGUGAUGAUGUCAUCCUGCCGUGUCACCUGGAGCCCAUGUUCGAUGUCCAGGGUAUGACGGUGGAGUGGUCCAAACCCGACCUGAAGCCCGACCCGUCGGACCGUCUGAGCCGAGUGGAGUAUGUUCACCUGUACAGGGACAGGCAGGAGGUUCCCGACAUGAAGAUGGCCUCGUACUUCAGGAGGACGGAGCUGUUCAUGGACGACAUGAAACACGGGAACAUUUCACUGAAGAUCCUGAACGUGUCGGAGGAAGACAACGGCAGAUACAGAUGUUUCAUCCCCAAGCUGCGGAGCAGAUUGAAAGCUGCUGUUGUUGAACUUGUAGUCGAUCCAAAUUUUGCUAAAACCUCCACGACGGAGACGCCAUUGCACUUCCAAACUCCAGAUCCUCAGGACGCGACUCCAGCAAACGCAGGUCGAUCCAGGGUCUCUGUGGUCGCCGUUGUCAUCACCUUCAUGUCGGUUCUGGUUGUCGUCGCUUUUUCUGCGUGUUUCUCUCGCUGCCUUCAUCAGAAAUUAAAUAAGCUUUCAGAAGGCAAAACGACCCAAAGCCAAGUAUAACUAUUCCAGGUGCCUUGCGAACGUUGGUGUUAAUGGAGCCGAGACCAUUUGAGAUUUAUCUUUCCUGGAUCUUCACAGUCAAGUGGAAAAUUUAAACCAGCAGCCACUGGCAGACACUCGGGCCAAGCAGCACUGAGGUCAUCAUAAAGGCAGUGGAUUUUAUUUAUCGAGCUCAUUUUCAAAGAAAAAGAACAUUUAAAGAUUUAAGGACUUUCUAGUCCCUUUAAUGCAAGACUGAAGAAAACCUCCUUUGCUCAAGAUGUAGAAGGAUGAAGAUCAUAUUUAUUUUUAUGGAUUUGUAUUAACUUGAAGACUUAAAAUUCUAACUUAUUAAAGUUUUACACCUUACUAGUUAAGGACAAAGUAAUUCUUCCUAAAAGCUACUAGUGAUGGACAAAUUAAAAGAGGAAGUCCUCCCUGAAAUCGAUUUGCUGCUUUAUUUAGAAAGUUUUAUUGGACAUUUCCAGCUCAGUGUGUUGGAAAAAGAUUUUUCUAUCAGUGUGGAUCUUGGAGAUGCAGAAGAUUGUAAAAACAUCAACAGGAUUUGAUGUAACCAUAAAGUUUGGAAACCACAUUCAGGACUUUUUGUUUCUUCAUGUUUACCAAAUCAGUUUAAUGCAAGUCUGAAUCAAAACAGGUCGGUUAUCGUGACACUGAAGUGUUUACUUACAAAAGCUGUCCUGGAUGACAUCAUGUAACUGAUUUUCACAUGAGACUUUAUGUUUUUAAACUAAUUUAUCAAAUUUAGCUUGAAAUUGGCUGGUGGGCAGAUCUCUACGACAGAGUCAAUGCAUUUCUUAAGCUGAUACAGAGCUCCGGUUUAUGUAAGGAAAACUAGAAGUGUCUAUAUUUUUUCAUUUUAAGUUACAAAAUAAAGAUACAAACAGAUUCUGAUUUAAAUUUUUGUUGCAGUUAUCAGUGAUAAUUUCGUCAUGUACAUUUGAUCUACCUCUGGUAAACGACACAGCUAGCUCCCAUUCUCCUUGUUUCUCAUGGAAAUGCAACAAAAUAUCAGCGCUUAUAAAAGAGUAGAGCAGACAUGUUGUGAUUAAAGUUGUGUGUCUUUGUGUGUCUUUGUGCAUCUGUUCUGUUGUGUACAGAUGGAUACUGGGACUGUUCACAGUUUUGAAGAUUUUAUAUAAAGUUCAUUCUCGGAUGGAUUUAAAUAAAGUUAUUUUUUAUAUGAA